AAGUGAGAGGGGGAAAUAAAAAGAAAAAAACAGUGCGCUCAGCCUCUUGAACGUGCUUCAGCGGACGCUUGUUGCUUCCUUGGCCGAGUCGUUACCCGCCGUUCUCUCCGGCGGAACUCAGUCGCCGGCAAGCUCCUCUCCUUAACUGCUAUAAUGGCAGUUGCAAAUCCCACACCAUCUUUGGAUAUAAUAGUUCGAGGGCCAGAAGGGUUCUCUAUCUGGAGUGGACCCCCAUUCAACAAUGGUCAACCCAACAUCAAGCUUGACAAAGCUCCUUGCACCAAUACAAAAUUCAGUGAAGAUGGUUCCAGACUCAUGGUGAUGAAUUCUGACUCUCUGAUUAGCAUAUAUGAUUGCACUGGUUUCAAAGAGAUCAGGUCCUUUGAAAUCCCAAGUGUAGCUGCAGCCACCUUGUCCCCAUGUGGCAUUUAUCUGCAGACCUUUCAAAAAUCAUCUACACCCCAGGAAAAGAAUGUGACCUUAUGGAAGAUCGAUACUGGUGUUCCCAUUUAUCAACAUUUCCAAAAGAACAUGACAAAAACCACAUGGCCAUCUAUCCGUUUUAGCUCUGAUGAAGCUGUUGCAUGUCGACUGGCAACAAAUGAAAUACAAUUUUUUGAUGGGAGGGAUUUUUCCAAAGGAAUCGUGCAUCGGCUAAGGAUUCCAAGAGUAGCAGCAGUUGAACUUUCUAAGGCACCUGGAUCCCAUGUGGCAGCCUUCAUUCCAGGGUCUAAGGGUGGUCCGGCUAGUGUUCAGAUAUUUGCUUCUUUGGAAAAUUCACAAAGUCAACCUUUUGCUCGACGGAGUUUCUUCCGAUGUUCCACAGUGCAAUUAAGUUGGAAUCAUGGUUCUACAGGACUUCUAGUUGUGGUGCAGUCCGAUGUUGAUAAAACCAACCAGAGUUACUAUGGAGAAUCAAAGCUAAACUACUUGACGACUAAUGGAACCCAUGAAGGGCUUGUGCCUCUUAGUAAAGAGGGGCCUGUUCAUGAUGUUCAAUGGUCAAAUACUGGUUCAGAAUUUGCUGUUGUAUAUGGAUUUAUGCCUGCAAAAGCAACAGUAUUCGACAAGAAAUGCAAUCCUUUACUUGAGCUUGGAACGGGUCCUUACAAUACUGUCCGCUGGAAUCCUAGGGGGAAGUUUCUAUGCCUGGCAGGUUUUGGUAACUUACCUGGUGAUAUGGCAUUUUGGGACUACAUGGAGAAAAAACAGCUUGGAGCAACGAAGGCUGAGUGUUCUGUAACGAGUGAGUGGUCCCCAGAUGGACGCUAUUUUAUGACUGCCACAACAGCUCCAAGGCUACAAGUUGACAAUGGGAUUAGGAUAUUUCUCUACGAUGGAUCUUUAUACUUCAAGAAGAUGUUUGACAAGUUGUACCAGGUUGAGUGGAAACCAGUAUCUGCAGAUAAGUUUGGGGAAAUAGCUGAUCUUGUUAAGUCUGUUGACUCAUUAAAGAUUGAAGAAACGAAAACCCAAGGACAAGGGUUAAAAUCCACUCAAGCCUCCCGGAAACCAACCCCUUCCAAUCCUUCUGCACAGAAACCUGCUGCAUAUCGACCACCACAUGCUAAGACUGCAGCUGCCAUUCAGGCAGAACUGUUUGGAGGGAGUCCUACAGAAGAAACGAGCAAGAACGCAUCAAGGAAUAAGAAAAAAAGGGAGAAACAAAAGGAAAAGAAGGCGGCUGCUGCUGCUGCUAAUGAUUCAUGAAAGAAUGUGCGAUAGCUGUAGAAUAGCUUCUUAAUGUAUUGUAUGCCGUCAACAUAAAUACCCAGAUUCAAGCCAUGAAGCUUCAGGCUUAGUUCCUCGCAGAAGAUUUGAUUGUAAUAUUGCUUCUUCAGCAGGCCUACAUUUUGUCUUUUCCAAAGGAAAAUUUUGGUAUUAUUAGAAUUAACUUAUGCAGAACAAGUAUUUGGUUUUGUAGGUUAAGUUUUUCUUCUAUCUAUUGUUUGUUUCAACAACAUAAGUUCCUAUAAUUGCAUGUGUUUUAUGUUUACAACUA